GUAACUCGUAUCUUUUUUUAUAAAUGAUUAAGCCUUCGUUGCUUAUUGAAUUAAAUCUUAGCUUAGCUUGUUAUACAAAGUAACAAACACCAUGAAGAGGGGAUGUAGCUGUUACAUUUGGGCCAUGAGUAUGUUGGUGUUGUUUUUGGGAACAAGGUCCCAACUCACAACAGAUUUCUAUAACACAACAUGCCCUAACCUUUUCAAAGUGGUAAGGAGACAGGUUCAAAAUGCCCUCAUGAAUGAGAUGAGAAUGGGUGCUUCUUUGCUUCGUCUCCACUUUCAUGAUUGCUUUGUAAAUGGUUGUGAUGGAUCAAUAUUGCUAGAUGGAGGUAACGAUAUUGAAAAGUUAGCGGGUCCAAACUUGAAUUCUGUAAGAGGAUUUGACGUUGUAGAUACAAUCAAAAGUUCUGUGGAGGCUGCAUGUAGUGGAGUUGUAUCUUGUGCUGAUAUAUUAGCCAUAACCGCUAGAGAUGCUGUUUUCCUUAGCGGUGGUCCGUUUUGGAACGUUUUAUUGGGUCGACGAGAUGGGACAAUUUCAAAUGGAACAUUGGCAAGUCAAGUUCUUCCAACUCCAUUUGAUCCAUUGAAUACUAUUAUUUCAAAGUUCACUAAUGCAGGCCUCAAUCUCACUGAUGUUGUUGCUUUAUCAGGUGCUCAUACUAUUGGGAGAGGAAGGUGUGUACUAUUUAGCAAUAGAUUAUUCAACUUCUCAGGAACAGGUUCACCAGAUCCAACACUAGACACUAGCAUGCUUUCAGAUCUACAAAGUUUGUGUCCCCAAAAUGGUGAUGGAAACACAACUGCUCCACUUGAUAGGAACUCCAUAGAUCUAUUUGACAACCACUAUUUCAAGAACCUACUCAACUCCAAGGGCCUUCUUAGUUCUGACCAGAUACUCUUCUCUAGUGAUGAGGCUGUUUCAACUACUAAGGCUUUGGUCCAAACCUAUAGCAAUAAUUCUGCACUUUUCUUUGCAGAUUUUGCUAAUUCUAUGAUCAGGAUGGGGAAUAUCAAUCCUAAGACUGGCUCUGAUGGAGAGAUUAGGAAUACUUGCAGGGCCAUAAAUUCCUAGUAUAUAUUUGCCAUUAUAUGUAUCAUGGUUAAUUAAUUAGCAAAAGAUGUGAAAUAAAGUAGAAACUUGAUGUGAAGUUGAUAAUUGAGAGUCGUUAAAUAAUUUGACAAGUUUGGCUGAAUUGUUAUCUAACGAUUCUCAACUAUCAACUUCAUAUGAAGUUAAGUGAAUUUCCACCGUGAAACAAUAAUAACAAGAUGAAGAUCAUCAUGAUCAAUAGUGUAGUUUAGUUUUAUUUGGUAUUGGUGUCUUGUUAUGUUGUUCAUGUUCA